AUGUCGAAAAAAAGCGAUAUUUUUAACAUUUUUAAAAUGAAACCACGGGAAUCAACUCCAAGUACUGUGAAUCCACAUAAUGCUUCUAGUUCAAAUAGUACAAUAUUUAGCACAGUUACUAAACCGGAGGUACAGUCACAUGAACUAAGUCAUGAUCCGAUGGCUCCUAAAGAUUUGGGAAAUAUAGAAACUGGUCCAUUUCAGCCAAAACUUCAAACAUAUCCUAAAAAGUUGUAUGGUUCCCAAAAUCGUGGAUAUUCUGCAUCAUACUUUGCUGAAUAUAAUUGGUUGGAAUAUAGCUUAGAAACUGAUUCAGUGUAUUGCUUUCCUUGUCGGAUUUUCGGUACUACACCUUCAGAAGAAACAUUUACCUCAAAAGGUUUUAAUAACUGGAAAAAACUUAGUGGGUCUAAAGGUAUUGCCAAAGGUUCAAAAUCAAAAUUGCAACUGCACUCAUCUACUAUCUACCAUAUAAAUUGUAUGACAAAAUGGUCUAUGCGUAAACUAGCAGAUCAGUCUGGUCUCAUCGAUAUUUUAUUAUUUCUUGCACGCCAAGGUCUAGCGUUUAGAGGCCACAAUGAAAGCGAUACUUCACUAAACCAAGGAAACUUUAAAGUAAUGUGUAAGCUUCUUUCUGGCUAUAAUUCUAACUUAAAUGAUAUGUUUAGUAAUGAAAUAAUCAAUUAUACUAGUCCUAAGAUACAAAAUGAGCUAAUUGAGAUCUGUGCAGACAAUUUAUUGAAUAUUAUAGUUGAUGAAGUUAAUGAAGUAUCUUUUUUUUCAAUUAUGUGCGAUGAAGCCAGGUGUCAUAAACAAGAAUAUAUGUCAAUUUGUAUAAGAUAUGCUAAAGACUUCAUCACUUAUGAGCGUUUUUUGGGUUUUGUGGAUGUUUCUACUAACCAAAAUGCUGAUUAUCUUUCAUCAGCUAUUAUUUUAUUUUUAAAAAAAAUUAACUUGGACAAAAUACCAAUUAUUGCACAAAGUUAUGAUGGAGCAAGUGUUAUGUCAGGUUCUAGAAGUGGUCAAUCUAGAACUGUAUUCAAUGCAUUAGAGUCUAUUUAUGUACACUUCUCGCAACCUUCAAAUAAUACAAAACUGCAAGACAUGCAAAAAAAUUUGAAUAUGAAAAAAAUUACACUUACUGCUAUUAGUGAUACAAGAUGGGUAUGUCGUUACAAGAAAAAAGUUGAUGAAAAUAAUGAUAGGGAUAUUUCCAGAGCUAUUGGAAUUUUAACAAUGAUACAAAAUGGUUCCUUUAUUGUUCAUCUUCAUAUUAUAAAUUACGUAUUGGGUAUCACCAAUAUUUUAAGUAAUAAAUUGCAAAAUACAAAUGGGACAUUAGGUGAAGCAGCUUGUCUAAUUAAUGGAAUUAUAAAUACAUUUGAAAAUAGUAGAAAUUCAUAUUCAUACUCAGAUGUUUGGAAUGCAAUAGUCACAAUUUCUCUUGAAAAUAACAUAGAUUUGGAAAUGCCUUCGACAAUAGCUACAUUAUCAAAAAGAAAAAGACAAGAGCCUGCUGCAUUAAAGAAUUUUCAUGUUACAACAACCACUGGUGCAGACGAUGGAGGUAUUCAAUAUGAGGAUAAUGUCAAAGAAUAUUGGAAAAAACAUGCUUUCUAUCCUGUGACUGAUAGUAUUUUAGUUAACAUGAAGCACAGAUUUUCACCAGAAAGUCUAAAACUGGCCAUAUCAAUUGAUAACUUAAUUAAUCUAGAAUAUAAACAAAGUGACAUUUUUGUAAACCAGUAUAAGGCUUUAUUAAAUAUUAAUCAAACUGACUUAAAAUCCGAAAUUUUGGUUGCAAAAAAUUGUUAUACUCAAUUGGAAACGAUUAACAAUCGUCAGGAACAUUUAAAUCAGCUAAAAUGUAUCGUGGAAAAAUCUGUUUUCCCAAAUUUAUACAAAAUUUUACAUUUAGCGCUUUCAAUUCCUACAAGUUCUGCAUCUUGUGAAAGAACGUUCUCAGCAAUGCGUCGAAUAAACACUUACAUAAGGUCUACGUUGGCAUUUCGAGUUACCGAGUACCAGGAGCGUAUGGACUAUAAUUGCAACUCGGUAAACGGUAGUCUUUCAUCAAUUUUCACUUUGUCGGCGACGGCCGCGGCUCAACAGGCAACACGAUCACAAUAUUAUUAG